AUUGAGUUGAUUUGUUUUUGGCCCCUUUUAUGGUAUCCUGUACUCUGUAGAGUAGUACUGAGUACUGAGGUGAGGUUGUAUGGGUGUUGACAAUGCACAAUAGCAUCUUGCGACAAAGCCAGUAUGCAGCCAGAUCCUCUGCAGUUAUGACAUUGGCAUUCGUACCAAGGCCAGCAGUUCACACGUUCGACCAAAUACCUCUGGCACUCCGUACCUAGUGUGGCCUCCUGCAGAACAACCAAGCCGGACAAGAAACCAGAUUGGUGCUCGACGAACAGGGCUCGUAUUCCAGAAGUUCUAGUUCUGGGACUAGAACAAAGUAGCCCAUAGGUCCCGGAAGUUACAAUCGCCAUCGCCAUGAUCACCACCCAGGGAUCGCAACCUCAUGAUUCUCAAAUUCCUCCGAGUGACCAUGGGGGAUGUGAGGAUUGGCCUGGCUCUCGAGAUUAGCAGAUACGAGUCCAAGAUCGACACCAGGAAAGGGAGAAGGAUGAUGCUAGUACUGGUCAGCCUUGCUGCAUGCGGAAGUUAUCAUUGCAAAAGCAUGAUGGCCGGGGUGCUGGGCGGCCGCUGAUCAUGAGAUCCUUCGCAGUCGGGUGUCGAAAGGAGGAUAUUGGGAUGGACAAUAGAAGCUUCGACGGCUUGACGAGUCGAUUUGGAUGUGCAGCGUUAUAGGUGGACCCGUUAAUAUCGAGCAAUCUGUACUACGUACUCUGUUAAUGUACA